AUGUCUAAUUCCAACCCCACAGAGUCUCUCAACUUUCCUGCCGUCAGCGAGAGAUCUUGCGAUUCCAGUCCUAGCUUUUCACCAACAGAUGAAAAGGACCUUGUGACACCUUCCUCCUCCUUCAAACUCGAGAGCCAAAUUCCAUCACCACCGCCAUACCAUGUCUUCACUCGAUCCCGCAAAUUGCAGCUUGUCUGCAUUGUCUCGCUGGCUGCCAUCUUUUCUCCGCUAUCCUCCAACAUCUACUUCCCAGCCUUGGGUGUUAUUUCCAAGGACCUGAACGUCUCCAUGUCGCUUACAACAUUAACGGUUACAAUAUACAUGAUUGUCCAAGGUCUCGCUCCUAGUUUCUGGGGCUCUUUCUCCGACACCAUCGGCCGACGCGGGAUUUUUAUCGGGACUUUUAUCGUCUAUAUAAUUGCAAAUAUUGCACUGGCUUUGUCAACAAAUUAUGGCCAGCUUAUGGCUUUCCGUGCCCUGCAAGCAGCCGGUAGUUCCGCGACUAUCUCGAUCGGUGCUGGGGUGAUCGGUGACAUCACCACAUCAGCUGAGCGAGGAAGCUUGGUUGGAAUAUUUGGUGGAGUACGCAUGCUCGGCCAGGGUGUUGGCCCCGUGUUCGGUGGGAUCUUGUCUCAAUACCUGGGAUAUAGAUCCAUUUUCUGGUUCCUGGUUAUCAUGGCCGGAAUCAGUCUUUUCUCUAUUCUAUUCUUCCUCCCUGAAACCCUGCGUACCGUUGCCGGCAACGGCACCGUCCCACUCCAUGGUCUUCACAAGCCAUGGAUCUACUGCAUUACCGGCCAAAAAGAUGCCAAAGAGGACUCCAUCCCCACCGAGGAAAAGAAAAAGGUGACGUGGAAGACCGUCGUGGCCCCCCUUGGCUUCCUGGCCGAGAAGGAUGUCUUUAUCACCUUGUUCUACGGUGCCAUCGUGUACACCGUCUGGUCGAUGGUGACCUCCUCCACAUCUGACCUCUUCGAGUCCAGAUAUGGGCUCAAUUCAAUGGAAGUUGGUCUGACUUUCCUGGCCAACGGCUUCGGCUGCAUGUCCGGCUCAUACUCCAUCGGCUACCUGAUGGACUACAACCACAAAGUCACAGAGCGCGAAUACUGCAUACGCAACAACAUUCCUCUCGAAACCCGAAUCAACUCCAAAACCCACCCCGACUUCCCCAUCGAAUACGCCCGCAUGCGCAACACCUGGUGGAUUUCAGCCGUGUUCAUCGUGUGCACUGGCGUCUACGGAUUCUCCCUGAAUACCCACCUCGCCCUCCCAGUCAUCCUCCAAUACAUCACCGCCUACUGUGCCACCGCCAUUUUCACCAUCAACAGCGCUCUUGUCAUCGACCUCUACCCCGGAGCCAGUGCCAGUGCGACCGCAGUCAACAACCUGAUGCGCUGCGAAGUCGGAGCCGCCGGUGUCGCAGCCGUCCAGCCCCUCAUCGACGCCAUCACAGCCGAGUGGACCUUCUUCCUACUCGCCGGCAUCACUCUCGCCAUGGUCCCUCUCCUCAUGAUCGAGAUGCGCUGGGGCGCUGGAUGGCGCAUGGAGCGAACUGAGCGACUCAAGCGGAAGCAGCAGUCUGCAUAA